AUGAUUGCAUUAGAACAUUGUUAAUAGCUAUUAGAACUGUAUAUCCUAGAAUAUAGUGACCCUGAUUAAAUUGAUAUUCAUGAUGAUGAACCAGUAUAUAAGAAUUUAAACUAAAGUAAACUCCAGUUUUUGAUAGACACACUACUCAACAUGUUUAAUCAGUUUUAUGGAAACGUUAAUCAAUUAAAUUAGUUGAUAGUUAAUCCUAAUAAGAAAUUGAAAUCAAAAAAGAUUAUGGUUUAUUUGAAACAUAUGAUCCUAAACCAUAUCUCCUAGUUGUUGAUAGAGAUAAAUCUGAUGAUAAAUAUCGGUUAGAAGCAACAAAGAAGAAAAAAGAUAAAAGAAAUGCUAAACUAAGAGAUCAAAAUUUACCUUACAAUGAAUACAUUCAUCCUGCUAAAUAGAUUUAAGUUAAAUUAUUAUUAUCAAAAAAACCAUUAAAAGAUUAUCAAGCUUAUGACUCUGAUGGCAGCAUUAUGAGAAAAAGAGAGUAAGUUAAAUAAUUAAGUCCUAUUGUUAAUACAGUCAAAAGUAAACUUUAAGGAAGAGUUGAUAAAAAAUAAUCAGAAGCUCUUGCUGAAGAAAAUAUAAUUAAUCAAUAAGCUUUAUUUAAAUUAAAGGUUUCAACAAAAGUCAAAACAUAGUAUGAUGAACCUUAUAAUUUUGAAGGUUUUCCAUUGAAACCAGGAGUUAAAUUAACAUUCAUUUAGGAAUAAAAGAAAAAGGAAGAAGAAAAAAUCAAUAAUGAUGAAGAAGAUUUAACAGAUGCUGAUGCCUAUUAGCUCUAAAAAUUUAUUAAAAAACCAAGUUAUACCACACUCCCUUUAUUUAAAUUGCCAAAAUAAAAACAUAAUUUAACUCAUGAGAGAUCUUUUCGUACUAUGAGAUAAAAUAAAGGCUUUGAUUAUUUUUGA